AUGCUCGACCUCCCCCCCACCCACACAUCCACCCACCCCCUCAUCCUCGGCCACGAAAUCGCCGGCCGCAUCUCCACCACCAACACCACCAACACCACCACCAAGAAGACCACCCACUCCCACCCCAACCUCCACCUCCCCCCCGGCACCCCCGUCCUCGUCGACCCCCGCCUCAUCUGCCACUCCUGCCCGCAAUGCCGCACCGCGUCGACCGAACCCGAACCCGAGCCCCAAAGCCAAGGCUGCGCCGCCGGCCUCUCCUUCGUCGGCUUCAGCACCAGCGUCCAGGGCGGCGGCUUCGCGGCGCGCGUGCGCGUCGAUCCGCGCGCCGUGCACGUCUUGCCUUCGCGCCCGCCGCUGGCGUCGUCGCUGGCGUCGUCGGAGGAGGAGGAGGAAGAGGAGGAGGGAGGAGGGCUGCUGCAGGCGGGGAAGAAGAAGAAGAAGAAGGGUGUGCAGGACGAGCUGCUGCUGCGCGACGCGGCGCUCGUGGAGCCGUUGUCGGUGGCGUGGCAUGCGGUGAAGAGGGCGGGGGUGGUGGGGGUGCCGGGGUGGGUUGGUGGUGGUGACGGCGGGGUUGUAGAAGGGGAGAAGGCGAAGGGUGUGAGCGCGUUGAUUGUGGGGGGCGGGCCGGUGGGGGUGGCGGUGGCGUUUGUGCUGAGGGCGUGGGGGGUGGGGACGGUGGUGUUGAGCGAGCCGGUGGCGGCGAGGCGGGAGGCGCGCGGCGUGCGGGAGGUGGUGGAUGUGGUUGUGGAUCCGGUGGGGGAGAGCGUCGUGGAUAGGUGCAAGGAGGUUACGGGCGGGAGGGGCGUGGAUGUGGUUUUUGAGUGUUCGGGGAGUCCGAGGGUGGUCGGGGAUGUGUUUGGGAGUGUGGGGUGGAGGGGCGUGGUUGUGGUGGUGGCGUUGUGGACGGGCGAGGUUCCUGUGCCAUUCGCUCCUUUGAUGUACAAGGAGUGCACAGUCACCUCGUCUUGUGCGUUCAACGAGAAAGACUUUGCAGAGGUGAUUAAAGCAUUUGCAGAAGGUCAGUUCGUUCGAAAUGAGCUCGAGAAGUGGACAGAAGCUCACAUCCGUCCAGACAGAUUCAAGGGCGUGAGUUGCAUGAUAACGGCACGUAUAUCAUUAGAGGAUGUGGUGCAGAAGGGCUUUGGGGAGCUUCAGAAACCAGACAAUACCCACUUGAAGAUCCUGGUUACCCCCAAAAGCUUCAGUGCUGCAGAAGGCGACUGUGGGCUUAGCAGAGCAUCAAAAGUCUAG